GCUGCACUAGCAGCCGGGCUAUACAGGCGUCUUCCUGGUCUCCAGUCUCGCGAGAUAUCGUGCGUGUCCUCCCCCUCUCGCGGCCCCACCUCUCUCGGAGCCCCGCCUCAGUCCCGCCCAUCCUAAACGCCAGAGAACAAGGAUUGAAGGACCCUCGCCAGGCUGAAAAGAAAAACCCCGCCCCCAACUCAUAACUGAUUGGCAGAUGGAGGGGGCGGGAGUGAAGGGGGCGUGGCUCUAGAAGUAUCUCGAGAGCAGCAGCUGAACCGGUAGGAGUUGGGGGCGUUCAGUGGUGGAGGGACAGUUGUGUUGUGUUUUAGGAAGACCCUCUUGGCUGGCGUUUAGGGGGGCAGAAGGGGCGCUGCCCGAGAGCUUUAAUGGCCUGUCUAGGAGGCCUCAUUUCCGAGGCAGGCCUGACCCGGAUGAGCCCCAGGUAAAGUCCAGGGGCCGAUGCGCUGAGGUGCGGAGGCACCGAAGCUUCGAGGCAACCGAACUGCGGCCUCGCGCCCGCGGACGCUUCAUCUUUCUCAGCGUUUGCUGCCGGUUGGUGACGUUUCUCGGUCCAGGUAGCACGCGUCCAGGUCAGGAGUCAAAACUUGGCUUCCUUUUCUUUCCUUCUCCGCCAUAUACCUGCUGCCCCUAGAGGCCUGGAGACAGCACUGAAUGCUUGCACCGCAGGGAGAGCGCCUUCCUGGGGUCAGUCCUCCACCAGUGGGACGAAGCCCUCAACGGAAGUGGGGCCCUGAGGUUUGGAGUUUCCCGCAUCAGUGAACACCCUGAUAACCUCGACUGGGCCAACACACUACACUGUUAAAUCGGUAACCGUGGAGUCAAUUCCUACUCAGUGACCCUAUAGGACAGGGUAGAGCUGCCCCAUAGGAGUUCCAAGGAGCGCCUGGUGAAUUUGAACUGCCGACCUUUUUUUGGUUAGCAGCCGAGCUCUUCACCACUACACUACCAGGGUUGCCAACACACUGUUUAGGUGCUCAGUAAACACUUAGGAUUUAAUACACAGUUCACACUACAGGGACCGUUGAAAAUAUCAGUUUCCACCCCGUCCCUAGAGGGGUGAGUAAACUGAAGUCUAGAGACAUGCAAUGACAUGAUCAACUGCACUAGUCAGUGUUGAAAGAAACUAAAGUCACUCUUAUGUCAAAGGCAUUCUUUUUCCGUUAUGCUGUGCAGUGUUUCUAACUUACCAAUUUAGGAUGGAAUCAAGGUUUUGAUUGUGAAACCUAAUUAUUUUAAAAGUUUAAUGUUUCAGAGUUGUGCUUUCUUUUAUCAAACGUUAGCACAUAAACUAAGUAUACUCCUAACUGGGAGUUCAACGUUUAUCUUUUACGUCAUUCCUCGAUGACAAUUCCAGUUGGUAAAGGAAAUACUGUACAGUCAACAGUAUUUGAGUACUAUUCCUGAUGGUUUCCAUUUUCUACAUACACACACACACAUGCACUCGCAUACAGACAAAUGGCAGCUUUGCAGGUUUUAGAUUUCCUUUCUUACUCUAUGGUACAGCUUCCAAUAAGCACCAAAAUAAAAUGUAGCAGUGAUUAUGACUAUCAGGAAAGUUACAUAAAUUACAUUAAAGCAGUAAAGGAUCUCUUUUAUCUCUGUGGAAGAAUAAAAAUGGAGCAUUCUAAUAUAGCUGUAGCCCAGGUUAUUGGUUUACAUGUAAAGGUAUAAACGGUAUGCCAACAGUUAAAUGUAGGCUUUAAUUUCAGUUUACCCACUAGUUUUUUUUUUAGUAAACUAAAGUUUUCAUUUGAAUGAGGUUUUGGUCUCGGGUUUAUUUGCUAGUAUUUUUUUUUUUUGAACAGUGUAUUAACAUCAAGAAUAAAAGCAUUUUUUAAAUAGAAUAUUAGCUCUUAAAUGGUUUACAGGUUUUCCCCACUAUCCGAAAGUAGAGCAUUCCUGUGAAACCAUUCAUAAGCUGAAAUGGCAUAAUGCAAAGAAGUGAUUACCAUUAAUUUAUAUGGGAAAAGUUUUUGAGCAUUCCCAGACCCCAAAAUAAGCUACCAAACCGUACCAAGUAACGCAUAAAACCUAAAAUAACAGUAACAUAUCAUAAAAACAAAUGCUAAGUAUAGUUACUGGGGAAGGGGCUUGGUGAUGCCAUUCUGCUGCUCAGGGUGUGCACUGCCUCUUUAACAUCUUGCUGUAGAACAAAGGCUGAACGCUGUUUCUGCUUUUUGCCUUUUUUCCGUAAAAGCGAAAAUCUUUGGAUUUCUUUUAGUUAGCAAAAACAGGUUCUGAUCUCAAUCUUCAGUAAAAGCGAAGUGGCAUAAAGCGAACUUUCUAAAAGCAGGGAAUACCUGUAUCCUAAAUCUUCACAAGUUAUGUAUAUGCUUCAGAGGAACAAAAAGAGAAGAAAGGCAACCUCUAGCAGCUAUAGGUGCAUAUUGCACAUACCUUAGAAAUAAUAGGAGCCCUGGUUACGCAGCUGCUAACCAAAAGGUUGGCAAGUUCGCAUUUCACCAGCCGCUCCAUGGAAACCCUAUGGGGCAGUUCUACUCUGUCCUAUAGGGUCGCUAUGAGUCUGAAUCGACUCGAUGGCAACAGGUUAGGAAUAAUAAUGUUAAAUAAUUUAUCAGCAAACAUUCUACUUUAGUGUGUAACCUCUUUGGUGUUAAAAGAUUAUGAGUGGCCAUCUAAGAUACAACUAUUGGUCUCUUCCCUUCCGGAGCAAAGGAGAAUGAAGAAAACCAAAGAUUCAAGGGAGCAGUUAGUUCAAAGGACUAACGAACCAUAUGAACUGCAGGCUACACAACUCCGAGACCAGAAGAACUAGAUGGUGCCCAGCUACCACUACCAAGAACUCUGACUAGGAUCACAACAGAGAGUCCUGGACAGAGUGGGGGAAAAAAUGUAGAAUAAAAAUCAAAUUCACGAAAAAGACCUUAGUGGUCUGGCAGACGCUGGAGGAACCCCCAAGACUAUGGUCCUAAGACACCCUUCAGACCUGGAACUGAAGCCGUUCCCAGAGAUUACAUUUCAGCCAAACAAUAGACAGGCCCAUAAAGUAAACAGUAAUACCUGAGAGAAACAUGCUUCUAGAACAACCAAUUAUACAAGAUCAAAAUGACACUUUCCUAAAAACAAAAGUGAGAAGGCAGGAAUAGAAGAAAAAUCCAAAUAAAAGGAAAUGGGGAACCCAGGGUAGAAAUGGUCAGAGUGCUGACACAUUGAGGGGAAUGCAACCAAAGUCAUGAAACACUUUAUGUACAAACCAUCAGAUGGGAAACUAAUUUGCUACGUAAAUUUUCACAUAAAGUACAAUAAUUUUUUUUUUUUAAUUUUUAAAAUUUAUUCAACAAACAUUUGAGUCCUUAUUAAGUGCCUAGGACUAUAAUGGGUGCUGCAGAUAUAGUGCUAGGAGAAAGAAGAUACAAUGCUUGUCCUGCUGUUACGGAAUUACAGUAAAGUGAUGGAUAUACCUAUGUAAUUAUAAACUGGAAUAGUGGCUUUGGUUUCCAACUUCCGCUACAUAGUCAGGUAAGACUUCCUUGAGGAAGUAAUGCUUGAAUGUGCAAGAUGUUGUUGUUAGGUGCCAUUGAGUUGAUUUUCAACUCACUGUGACUCAUGGUACAGAGUAGAACUGCCCCAUAGUGUUUUCUAGGCUGUAAUCUUUAUGGGAGCAGAUUGCCAUGUCUUUCUCCUGAAGAGCCACUGGAUGUGUUCGAACAACCAACCUUUCAGUUAACAGCCAAGCACUUAACUGUUGUGCCACCAGGGCUGCUUCUGCAAGGAGAUAGCAAUAGAUAAGAGAUGGUGGAGGAUAGGUUGGGAGAACAUUCUACACAGGAAUUGUACCUAUGAAGUCUUGCAGCAGCAGACGACAUGAGAUACUUGAAGAAAUAAAAGGUCAGGGUAGUGAGAUACCGUAAAGCUGGAGGGAAUGUUAUGAGGUGAGCCUAGAAAGGGAGGUAGAGGCCAGUCCAUGUAAGACCUUGUUAGUCAUAUUAAGGAUUUUGGUCUUGAUUAGCAUGUGGGUAUGGACACUGAAGACUUUUAUACAGUGAAUCAAAUAAUUAGAUUUGCAUUUUGAAAAGAACAAAAGGAAGACAUAAUACUCUGGCUACCAUGCAGGAUAUGGAUCAGAGAGGGGUCAGAGUAGAUAUGGGGAGACCUAUUCGUACAUUCUAGCAGUUCCAGUGAGAGAUGAUGAUACCUCGGACUAGAGGAGUGGCAGUAGUUAAGACAAGUGGUUGGAUUCAAGAAACAAAAACAAGACAAAAUGGUUGGAUUAAAUACGGAGAAAGAAGGAGGCUUAACAAAUGAUUCCUAGUUCUCUGACUUGCAUAGCUGAGUGGAAGGUGGUAUCAUAUCCUAAGAUUGUGAACCCCAGGGAGUUAUGAGGGUACACAGAGGUUAUGAGGGAUAUCAUGAGUUCUUUUUUAGAUAAUCUCAAUUUGUCUUUGAAAUAACCAAGUGAACAUAACAAGAUUAGAGUUAGAUAUGUGGAUUUGGGGCUAUGAUUUGUUAAGCUAUUUACGUAUAGGUGAUAACUGAAGACAAGAGCAUGACUAAAAAUGCCUAGAGAAUAUACAGUGAGAAGAAAGAGAAGAGUGUUGAGAACCAACCUUUGAGUAACGGCCAAAAUUCAAUGACUGGAUACAGACCAUUCUACAUUAGGUCAGAAAAGUAGGAAGAAAACGAAGGAAGUAAUGUGCACAAAAGCCAAGGGAUGAAAACUAUUAGAAAAGAAGGUGUGGUCAGCAAGGUCAGAUUGAAUGCAGAAGCCGAGGAAGAUAAAGACUUAAAAAUAGCUACUGGAUUUUGCAAUACUGACUAUGUUAGUGAAAGCUUUCUCUCUAAGUAAGGGAAACAAAGGCUGAAUUAAAGUCGUCUGAGUAUUAGGUGGUGAGAAAACAAACAAUGAUUACAUUCAACCUUUUCAACAAGCUUGACUGUGUUGGGGAGGAAGGGACAGAAAUGCCUUAAAAUUUUUUUUCAUCAAUUCUUACAUUUUUGAGAUGUAUCCUGGUCAUAGAUGUGACCUAAUUGAUUUUAAGUGCGGUAUAGCAUUUCAUUAUGAAUAAAAUAUAUAUCUGUUCCCCUGAUAUUAGAUAUUGUUUCCAAUAUUUGAUUAUUAUAAAUAAUAAAAGCCAUGAUUUGAAUUUAAAAACUUUACCUGUGUUUAUUUCUGAUGUGGAAUUUUUCUGAGUAAAUUCUAAAGUGGUAACUAUACGAAUUGUAACACCAGAUAAGUAGAGGGAUGACAUCAAGGACAUCAUACAUGAAGAAAGCAAAAGGUCAUUAAAAAGAUAGGAAAGAAAGAAAACACCAAAAUGGAUCUCAGAAGAGACUCUGAAAACUUGCUCUUGAACAUAGAGUAGCUAAAGUGAAUGGAAGAAAUGAUGAGGUAAAAGAACUGGAACAAAAGAUUUCAAAGAGUGGCUCAAGAAGACAAAGUGUAAUGAAAUGUGCAACGACCUGGAGUUAGAAAACCAAAGUGGAACAACACGCUCAGUAUUUCUCAAGCUGAAAAAGCUAAGAAAAAAUUCAAGCCUCGAGUUGCAAUUUUGAAGAAUUCUGUGGGCAAAAUGCGAACGUCUCAGGAAGCAUCAAAAGAAAACGGGAGGAACACAGUAUCAAACACUGUACCAAGAAGAACUGGUUGCCAUUCAACCAUUUUUAGAGGUAGCAUAUGAUCAGGAACCAAUGGUGCUGAAGGAAGAAAUCCAAGCUGAACUGAAGGCACUGGCGAAAACAAGUCUCCAGGAAUGGAUGCAGUACCAACUGAGAUCUUUCAACAAAUGGAUGUAGUGCUGGAGGUGCUCACUCGUCUAUGCCAAGAAAAUUGGAAGACAUCUACCUGGCCAACUGACUAGAAGAGAUUCAUAUUUGUGCCCAUUCUAAAGAAAGAUGAUACAACAGAAUGCAGAAAUUAUCGAAUGAUAGCAUUAAUAUCACACGCAAGUAAAAUUUUGCCGAAUUUAAUUCAAAAACGGUUGCAGCAGUACAUAGACAGGGAACUGCCAUAAAUUAAAGCCAGAUUCAGAAGAGGACAUGGAACGAGGGAUAUUGUUGCUGCUGUCAGAUGGAUCAUGGCUGAAAGCAGAGAAUACCAGAAGGAUGUUUACCUGUGUUUUAUCGACAAUGUAAAGGCAUUGGCCUGUGUGGAUCAUAACAAAUUAUAGAUAACAUUGCGAAGAGUGGGAAUUCCAGAACACUUCGUUGUGCUCAUGCAGAACCUGUAAACAGACCAAGAGGCAGUAUAGAACAGAACAAGGGAAGAGUGCGUGGUUUAAAAUCGGGCAAAGUGUGCAUUGGGGUUGUAUCCUUUUACCAUACUUAUUCAAUCUGUAUGCUGAGUAAAUAAUCCAAGAAGCUGCACUAUGUGAAGAAGAACAGGGCAUCUGGAUUGGAGGAAGACUCAAUAACCUGUGAUAUACAGAUAACACAAUCUUGCUUGAUGAAAGCAAAGAGGACUCAAAGCACUUAUGGAUGAAUAUCAAAGACUACGGUCUUCAGUAUGGAUUACUUCUCAACAUAAAGAAAAUAAUCCUCACAACUGGACCAAUAAACAACAUCAUGAUAAAUGGAGAAAAUAUUGGAGUUGUCAAGGAUUUCAUUUUACUCGGAUCCACAAUCAGCACCCACGGAAGCAGCAGUCAAGAAAUCAAACAACACAUAUUGCCUUAGGCAAAUCUGCUGCAAAAGAGCUCUUUAAAGUGUUGAAAAGCAAAGAUGCCACUUUGAGGACUAAGUGCCCCUGACUCAAGCCAUGAUACUUUCAGUUGCCUCAUAUGCAUGUGAAAGCUGGACAAUGAAUAAGGAAGACCAAAGAAUUGAUGCCUUUGAAUUAUGGCAUUAGCAAAGAAUAUUGAAUAUACCAUGGGCUGCCAGAAGAAUGAACAGAUCUGUCUCAGAAGAAGUAUAGCCAGAAUGCUCCUUAGAAGGGAGGAUGGCGAUCACAAAAUGGCGUAUAUUGUAUGAGACCACUACUGUACUGAAAAGCUUUACAUAUAGAAAGAAAUAAUCUUUGAUAUUUACUAGGGAGGAGAGGGAUGGGGAUGGAAAAAGACUAAAUAGACAAUAGAUAAGUGUUAACUUUGGUGAAGGGUAAGACAGAGCACAAUACUGGGGAAGCCAGCACAACUUGUACAAAGCCAAGGUCAUGGAAGCUCCAUAGACACAUUCAAACUCCCUGAGGGACUGAACUGCUUGGCUGAGGGCUGUGGGGACCAUGGUCUUGGGGAACAUCUAGCUCAAUGGGCAUAAUAUAGUUUAUAAAGAAAAUGUUCUACAUUUUACUUUGGUGAGUAGCGUCUGGGGUCUUAAAAGCCUGUAAGUGGCCAUCUAGGGUACCCACUGGUCUCACCCCUUUGGGAGCAAGUGAGAAUGAAGAAAACUAAAGAUACAAGGGAAAGAUUAGUCCAAAGGACUAAUGGACCACACCUACCACGGCUUCUACCAGACUGAGUCCUGUACAACUAGAUGGUGCCUGGCUACCACCACCGACUGCUCUGACAGGGAUCACAAUAGAGGGUCCUGGACAGAGCUGGAGAAAAAUGUAGAACAAAGUUCUAACUCAAAAAGACCAGACUUGCUGGCCUGACAGAGACUGGAGAAACCCUGAGAGUAUCACCCCCGGACACCCUUUCAUCUCAGUAAUGAAGUCACCCCUGAGGUUCACCCUUCAACCAAAGAUUGGACAGGCCCAUAAAGCGAAACAAGACUAAAGGGGCACACCAGCCCUGGGGCAAGGACUGGAAGCCAGGAGGGGACAGGAAAGCUGGCAAUAGGGAACCCAGGGUUGAGAAGGGAGAGUGUUGACAUGUCGUGGGUGUCAUAGAACAAUGUGUGUACUAAUUGUUUGAUGAGGAAGUAGUUUGUUCUAUAAACCUUCAUCUAAAGUACAAUAAAAAAGAAGAAGGGAGGAUGACAAGACUUUGUCUUCCAUACUUUGGACAUGUUAUCAGGAGGGACUAGCCCCUGGAGAAGGACAUUAUGCUCAGUAAGGUAGCGGGCCAGUGAAAAAGGAAGACCCUCAAUGAGAUGGGUUGACACAGUGGCUACAGCAGUGGGCUCAAACAUAGCAACAAUUUUGAGGAUGAUGCAGAGCCAGGCAGUGUUUCAUUCUGUUACACACAGGGUCGCUAUGAGUCGGAACUGACUCAAUGGCACCUAACAACAACGGCAACAACUUUACAGAUAAUUCUGUUAUUCAACUGGUUAUCCACAUUAAAAACAUGAAAUCUGCUCUGUAUCUCACAGCAUAUACAAAUUUUCAAUAAUGCAAAUUGAAUAGCAAAAAUUUUAGACUAUUAGAAUUUUAGACUAUUAGAAGAGCACAUGAGACCUAAGAAUAAGAGAAGUUUUCUUAGACAAGACAUGGAAAGUUGAGUUUUAAAGGACGGGUUUGAUAAAUGGUAUUACAAUUUAAAACUUCUCUUUAACAAAAGAUAGUAUGUAUGUGUGUGUGUAUAAAAUCAUCUACAAAAUCAAAGAAGAAAGGCCAGCAGCCCUAACCCUCUCUGAUCAAAGGAUAUGAACAGAUAAUUGAAAAGAUAGGAAACCCAAUUGGCUAACGCAAAGACUGAAAAGAUGUUCAUCUUCAUUAACAAUUGGGGCAAUAAAACUUUCCAAUGAUAGGAUGCCAUUUCAACCUGUCCAGCUUCGCAUGAGGUAAGAAUGACAUUACCAGACAAUAGCAAGGAUGUAGAGAUGUGGGAACACUCAUGCAUUGCUGUUGGGUAUGUAAAUUAGUAUAGACACUUUGUUAGUCUCUUGUAAGGUUGAAACACUGUUAAUCCCAGCAAUUCCACUUAUAUUUGAAAUUAAGAUGGCUUUCAAACUUAUUUGUCCAUAAAAUAGUUUGAAAUACAUUUUUCACUACAACCUGCUAUAUACAUGCAUACAGGGAAAACUUACAAUACACUUUUUCAAAAUAAUCAUUUACAUUGCAACUUAUAGUAGUUUUCUAGAAUUACUAGGACAAAUCGAGUGGACUAGAACAACAGAAAUUUGUCCUGUCUCAGCUUUGGAGGCCAGGAGUUCAAACUCAAGGUUUUGCCAGGCCAUGCUCUAUUAUGGAAUUUUCUCGUAUUAUUGGGAUCACUGAUAUGAAGUCCCAAUCUUAAUUUCCAAUUCUGUAGGAAAUUAUGUAUUUUUCUUUCCUAUUACUUUCUUUUAAAAUAAUGUAGACACAGCUACAUUGGGUUUGAUUUAAAAAUUAAAAGUUGAGUUGCUUUACAAGAUGCUCAUUUACAGUACUGGUAAUACUUUACAUUUGUUUGGUGUCAUGAAUAGUCUCCUUUAUUUCCCAUGAUACUCCUAGCAUGGAAUAGUACUGAUGGUAUCUUUUUCUAUGGACAAGAAAACUUAAGAGACAUAGUGGCCUCCCUAGGAUUCCACUGUUGUUAUGUAAUGGUGCUCGAUUUUAUAGUGGAUAUUAGAGCUGUAAGAAGGCCAAAGUUCUCAAGUAAAAACUUUGUUUGACUACUUCAGUAAGCCUUUAAGCAGUAAAAAUAUAUAUAUAUAUUAUCCAUUAACACUUAGACUUUGACACUUUAUUCAGAAAAGCUGUGCAGUAGUAAAUCAGGAGGUGGGGAAGAUCAUACAUUUAGGGAGUUAUUUGUAAAUGCGAGUGCAAGUGAAAAAUGAUACAGAUGUUUGCUUAUUUAUGAGAACGAUAAGGAGAGUACUAGGGUUUCCAUGAUAAAGAGGAAAUAUUUAACUCAAUAUGAGCUUCUGAACAUCUAAAUAUACCAUAUGUACUUUAGCUCUGAGUAGAGUGUGAGAUCUAACUGGAAAGAAUUGAGUACUUGAAAAAAAUGACUUUCUUUGAACAAAAUGUCAUACCUGUCCCUGGACUGAAUCCUGUAUUAAAGGACAGAAAAAGAGAGUCAUAAGUGACUAUUAUAAACAUUUUUAGACGAUAAGUUUGAUAAUUUAGAGAAACAAAUUCCUUAAGAGAUACAAAAUGCCAAAGCUCACCCAAGAAGUAAUAGAUCAUUUGAGUAUCCCUGUAUUUAUGAAAAAGUUGUAUUUAUAGUUAACAACCCUGCCAGAAAGAAAACUUCUGGUCAGGUGGUUUCAUUGCCGAAUCCUGAGGUACAAUAAAGAAGAAACAAUAUAAAUUCUAUUUAAACUGUUAAUAUAACUCUUUAUAUAUAAGAAUUAUUUCUUGGUUCUUUGCACCUAUGCUAAUUUUUUGAGCUUAGUAUGCGUUUAAGUUUGUUAGGAAUAGCUUAUUGGUCCUGAUUGAUUUCAUGUACUUGAACUUCUUUUUUUUUUGAGUGCUUGCAUGUACUUUAUUAGGACCCUGUGUGGCUCAAGUGGCUGCCAACCUAAAGGUUGACAUGUUGAACCUACCCAGUGCCUCCAUGGAAGAAACGCCUGGAAAGCUGCUUCUGUAAAGAUUACAGUCAAGAAAACGCUUUGGAAUACUUCUACUCUGAAACACAUAGGGUUGCCAUGAUAGGGGGCCAACUUGAUGGCAGCUAACAACACAACAACGUGUACUUUAUCAUGUAUUUUAUUUCAGUAUUAUCUCUCAUUAAGUAAAUGUUUAUUUUUGCCACCCUAAAGUGAAGUUGUGACUUAUGUAAUAUUUUAAAAUAUAUUUUCAGUCUACAUGUAGUCUUCAAAAUAUGUGAAAAUACAUAUGAUUGCAUUAGGAUUUACCCAAAUUUAAUUUUGUUCCCUCUUUCAAUUUUUCCUUAAAGGUUAAUUAGUAACACUGAAUAUGCUGCUGUUUUUUAUUUUGGGAUUACUCGUGCAUUUUGUGUUCUUCGCCUCCAUCUUUGACAUUUAUUUUACAUCUCCUUUGGUUCAUGGGAUGACUCCUCAGUUUACACCAUUGCCUCCUCCAGCGAGAAGAUUAGUGUUGUUCGUUGCUGAUGGCCUGCGAGCAGAUGCACUUUAUGAAUUAGAUGAAGAUGGAAAUUCCAGAGCACCAUUUAUCAGGAAUGUCAUAAUUCAUGAAGGCAGCUGGGGGAUCUCUCAUACACGUGUGCCAACGGAAUCUAGGCCAGGGCAUGUAGCCCUGAUCGCUGGGUUUUAUGAAGAUGUCAGUGCUGUUGCCAAAGGAUGGAAGGAAAAUCCUGUAGAAUUUGAUUCUGUUUUUAAUGAAAGCAAAUACACAUGGAGCUGGGGAGACCUCGAUAUUAUAUCUAUGUUUGCCAAAGGUACUAGUCAAGAUCAUGUUUACACACAUAGUUAUGAUGCAGAAAAAGAGGAUUUUAGUGCCUACAAUGAAACAAAACUGGAUACCUGGGUCUUUGAUAAUGUUAAGGUGAGUGCUAGUGUGUGGUUUCUCUAUAACACACAGGAGUAACUUAAAGUACUGGAAACUGAUUUAUUAAUAAACAUGAAUAACUUCAUUUUUCCUACUUGAUGAUUGUCUCUGCAGGAUUUAAAAGUUCUAUCUUGAAGCUAAAUGUUUUGAAAAUACUGAAUUCUGAGAAAUUCAUAAUAGUCAAUUAUGUAGAAGGUUUAAAAAAACAUUUUAAGAAAUACCCUUUAAAAUACCUGUUUCUAACAGUAGAAAGAACCCUACAUUGUGAAUCAGGAAACCUACAUUCCAUUCUUAUUUUGUUUAGACAUCCUAGGUAAACUUUCUUGAU